AUGUCGCAAAACGGCCACCACCAAGAUAUCCCCCCAGGCCACCUCGGCAACCUGACUGACGAGCAGGAAGACAAGCUGCGCCAGCUGUGGGCCUUUGCCUUUCAAGUCCUCGAGAUGUACGAGACCGAAGACCGAAUCUACAAGGAGAAGCAGGCCCGCGGCGAAGUCGACGACACCCCUGCCAAGGCCGCCACCACCACCAACGGCGGCGGCGGCUGGGGCCUCUUCGGCAGGAAGAAGUCCUCCACCGAGCUCACGCACCCCAAGUUCCCCAACUGCGCCGCCGAGAUGCAGCGGCUCGUCCCCGCCGACGAGCCCAACCGGGAGGAGCUCCUCCGGCUCGCCAUCGAGGCGCUCGACGUGUACACUCCCGAGACGGGCCGCGCGCUGAUCGUCGAGUCGGUCAAGCACGAGCACCCGGACACGCUGGCGCUGCGGUUCCUGCGCGCGCGCAAGUGGAACCUGAUGCGCGCCGUCGUCAUGCUGGCCAAGUCGCUGCGGUGGCGCAUGGAGGUCGGCAAGGUGGACCGCGUGCUGAUGCGCCAGGGCGAGGGCCACGCGCUCGAGCACGAGGUCCACGGCGCAGCGGGCUCCAAGGAGAAGACGCUGGGGAAGGACUUUUUGAACCAGAUGCGCUGGGCGAAGGGGUUCCUGCACGGGUGGGACAGGGACGGGCGGCCGGUCAACUACAUCAGGGCGGCGAGGCACAGGGCGUCGGACCAGAGCACGGAGGCGCUGGAGCAGUUUACGGUGUACUGCAUCGAGCUGGCGCGGCUGUCGCUGCAGGCGCCGCAGGAGAUGGGUACCAUCGUGUUUGACCUGACGGGCUUCUCCCUGUCCAACAUGGACUACGUCCCCGUCAAGUUCCUCGUCCAGUGCUUCGAGGCCAACUACCCCGAGUCGCUCGGCUGCAUCCUCGUCCACAACGCCCCUUGGGGCUUCGGCGGCGUCUACCGCAUCAUCGAGCGCUGGCUCGACCCCGUCGUCGCCUCCAAGGUGCACUUCACCAACGGGCCCGACGAGAUCUCCAAGUACAUCGCGCCCGAGCAGCUCGUCUCCGACCUCGGCGGCACCAACCCCUGGGAGUACGAGUACGUGCCGCCCGUCGACGGCGAGAACGCCAAGAUGGACGACCACGCCACGCGCGACGAGCUGCUGGCCCGCCGCCGAGACCUGGUCGCCGCCUUUGAGGGCAAGACGCGCGAGUGGAUCGCGGCCGAGGCGCCGGCGGACCGCGAGAGGGUGAAGAAGGAGCGCGAUGAGCUGGCGACGCAGCUGGCGGACAACUUCUGGGACCUCGACCCGUACCUGCGCGCGCGGUCGCUGUAUGACCGCCUCGGCGUGUUCCAGGGCCGCGGCAAGGUCGACUGGUCGGCGGCCAAGAGGACGCAGGACGAGCUCAAGGCCAAGGCCAAGUGA